GCACUCGGGAGAGGUCAGGUCAGUGCUCCAAACACAGCGAAAACAACAAGGGAGGCAGUGGUUAGAAGCUCAACCAGAUUGGCAGAAGGGGCCAAAGGACUGUAUCAGAAGACAAACAGAUAAGAGAUUGCAAGAAGACUGCAAUGCCAUGACCAAAGCAUUCCAAAGCACAUUAGAACACUUACUGUGGCACUUUAGGAUGAAUGAAUUGUUGCUGCCUGUUCCUCACCUUUGACGCUUUCUUCAAAGCAUCUGGAUAAGGGAAGUCCAGUCACAUUCAUUCGGCAGAGUGGAAUCACUGCUUCAGCAUUUUACCCAACAGCAAACAAAGAGUGGAUCUGAUCAGAUCAGCAAACAAGCUUCACAGUGGAGCAAGCCCAGAAGAUGGAAGGCGCUAGCUUCUUGCUUGCAUGUCUGCUUUGCUUUCUUAAGAAAGGUGUUUCUUCCAAAGGCUGGUCCAUGCACAUCCCGUCAGAGGUAACCGGCGAAAUUGGCAAGGCAGUUGCCUUGCCCUGCACAUUCACACACCCACAGAACACCAACGACCAGACCCUGACAGCCAUUUGGCGGAUCAAGGAGCCUUUCAACGGGGCUGUUGUUUUCAAGUGCGUUUCCCACAGCUCAAGCGACCCCUGCAAAACCACCGUCGGCUCGGAGGGCAGAUACAAGCUCUUGGGGAACCCGAGGCAGAACAACCUCUCGCUCCAGAUCAACAGCCUGACGUGGAACGACAAGAACAGAUACUUCUGCCGGGUCGAGUUCUCCGGGGAUUUCCACGACAAGUAUGAGAGCAGGAUGGGACUCAGGCUCCAUCUCAUAGCUCCCCCCAGGAUCGUUAACAUCUCUGUCCAGACUAGCCAGGACCACGCUUUCCAUGCAAAGUGCACAGCCGAAGGGGAGCCUCUGCCCACCCUGACAUGGGCUGGUCCUCCCUCCGACAACAUCACCUCGGCUUCAACUACGGCCCACCAGAUAACCAAGGAGCUCCAGCGCCUGACACACGAUGGGAAAUACACCUGCACAGCUGUUAACAGCCUGGGAAGAGCAGAGGGGGCUGUAUAUUUCUACAAAUUCAGAGCUGGGGGCAGCUCCUGGGUCCUGGUCCUCUUGUUUGCCGCCUUGGGGAUUAAGAUGCUGGCGCUAGUGGCGAUACUGGGGUUUGGCGCUUUCUGGAAGAGAGACAACUUGAUGGCUCCAACCAGCCUAUCACGGCAAGCCAUGCAAGAUUCUCCAUACGAAAACCUCAAUCGCAGGAUAAACUCCAUAAGUCAAAGCCUGCCCGAGUGAAAGAGAUAGAAGAAAGCCAUCUGUGCAUUAUGCAGUACAUGCACGAAGAACUAAAACAAUGUUGUGCACAUGUGUCAAAAGAUCCUCAGCUAUGUGGCACUCAGGCCGUUUCAUGCAGCGAAGCAGAGAUCCCACCCAGAGCGUUAUCACUCACAGAUAUUGUGAUGCAAAAUGACAGGAGUGGAUAAAAACUUGCAACUCCCUUGCGAUGGAACAUCUUGAUGGGCCAGGACGUUGUUUGUUGCUGUUAAAAUUGUGCCGCUGAAUCUUUCUGCUAGCAUUGUUGAGGCUUGCUUUGCUUUGUAUGGUUUUUUUUUAUGAACUGAAAGUGGUUUUGUGUUAAUGUGUUUACACCAUAAUGCCUCUCUGCUUGUGCUUUUAGUAAACGGCGAAUGGUUUGUAUACGAUCUGAAGAGAAACCAGAGUAUGUGCUUUCAAACAUGUUGUAAGUCGCUUUUUGGGCCGCAGCCGCCUAAUGAAUUAAAUAAACAUCAACAGCAGCAAGCUUGCACUAGCAUGGCCACGUAGCUGUCCAUCACCCAUCAGCCGAAGUGCUUUGCUUUGCAGACCACCCUGAAUUUGUGAGGUGAGGGGUUCCUUCAGUCAAUCUCAGGAGGUCUGGUCUGAAGGCAAACGAAAUCCCUAUCUUGAUGAAGCUAAGGCUGACCAAUGCCUGGAUGGGCACCAGUAUGGAGAUCACGUGAUUUUUCUGCCCUGGCUUUCUUCCUGGAUGGAAGGUGAAC